AUGCAGAACAACAAUCUUACUGCAAUAGAUAAUUUAUCCCACCUGAAAAAACUCACCAAACUGUAUCUGGGUGGAAACAAGAUUGCAGUAGUGGAGGGUCUGAAUGAGCUCAGUGAGCUCAGGGAACUUCAUCUGGAGAAUCAGAGGCUGGCACCAGGGGAAAAGUUGCUCUUUGACCGUAUGACGUUCCGAGCUCUUUCAGCAUCUCUCUGUGUCCUGAAUAUUAAUAACAACAACAUUGAUGAUCUGAGGGACUUGGAAGCUCUGAAAGAGCUCCAGCAGUUUUCUGCCACUGAUAAUAGGCUGGAAAACAUUUUGAAGUUGGAGGAUGUGGUGAGCAACUGGCCUAACUUGGUGAAAAUGGAUUUAAGUGGUAAUCCUGUAUGCAAGCAGCAGAAGUACAAAGACCGCCUAAUAAUUGUAUGCAGAAAACUUGUGAGUCUUGACGGAAGAGAAAUAAAGGAGUUGACGCGACAAUUUCUUAUAAAUUGGAAAGCAUCUAAAGAGGCACAGAAAAAUAGAAAACAACAGACGAUGAUUUCUUAUCCCAUGAAUGACUUUUCAUUCCAUCAAACUCAACUUUGUGAUCCCAGUUAUGGCUAUACCAGCUACAACAAAUGGAUGCCCCAGGCCACUCUAAAGACACAGAGACUGAUGCUUCCUGUGAGUGGACUUUGA